AUGGUGAUUCAGGCAGAUAUUCCACCAGAUCUUACCAAUGAAGACAAAGCUUUCAUGUUUCAGUAUCUUGAUGCUAACCUGAACAACCAAAUUCUUUAUGCACUAUUACAUGGCAUAUACACUGGAAUUCUUGCUGUUGCAUUGUGGAAUAUAUUCAUCAACAAAUGCUGGCCAAUCCGACGAGCCUUGGUUGUUGUUCUUGUUCUCCUUCAUGCUUUGACUACUAUCAAUUUUGCUGCCAAUUGGUCAUUUCUAUGCUCUGCAUUCAUUGAAAAUGGGCAAAGUUUUUGGACUGUAUACUCAAAGCUUUGUGCUGUGAACCAAGCAGCCUUUUUGGAGAUGGGUAUUGCAGCCUCUAUGAGUACCAUUCUUGCAGACUCAUACAUUAUUUGGUGCUGUUGGAUGGUCUGGGGACAGUGCUGGCUUAUUGUCCUGCUUCCAAUCCUUUCCCUGAUUUCUGCAACUGUGUCAAAAAUCAUUAUUAUAUAUCAUGACUACUUCAAUGCAUCUAAGCCAGUACUAUUCAUGAUGCUCUACACAUCCUUUGUCCUGGUAACAACAUUAUGGUGCACACUGCUCAUCAUUUUCCGCAUUUUGACUGUUACUGGGGUUAGACAUGGAGCAGGCAGCAGACUGAGAGUUUAUCACUGUUUUAUUGAAGUGCUAGUGGAAUCCUCUGCUCUCUAUUCAAUAAGUCUGAUUCUAUUCUUGGCUUUCUACAUUCGCCAUGAUUUUGGAUGGUAUUACCUUGAUCCCAUAGUUGGUAUUGCGAAGGGAGUUGCACCCACACUCCUUGUUGGCAGAGCAGCAGCAGGGCACACACAUCCAACUGAAGAACAUGAUGAAAGUGCAACAGUGUCGACUCUUCAUUUCCAGGCAUCUUUGCAACCUUCACAUCUUUCCGUGACAAGCAUUCAGCACUCCACCAUGCAGACGCAUACUUUGCUAUGGAAACUAGAUAUCACCUUGGACGAUUCAGUCUCGUCUGCAACAGACAUUUACUCCCCGCCAUACGCCAAGCACUACACCCAUCAUGCAUCAAGCUCGCAACCUUCCAAAUGCACCAUCGAACGCGAAGAUGUCGGUAUCAUUGCGAAUAAUCGCCUUUGCAGCCCAUCCGUGAUCGCGAAUCUUCCUCUUGAUGCCGUUCAGUUGAUUCUCCUCAAUGACCGGUUUCCAGAUCGCCUUACGACGUACGACUUUGCGGCGGUGGUUGGUGCCGGCAAUAUUUGGGACGAAGUGUAUGUGGUGCUGAGUGCUCAGGCCCAAAGAUGGUACGAUUCUGUAUACGACGAGGGACUGAGUGCCCAGCCUUGCAUAUUCACGUCUGUCACGCCUGUGAGUGUGUGCAGUCAUCAGUUAUCUGAAGAGAUCCAGGCAUGGAAUAAUGUCAAUCUUACACAACUCGCUGAAAAGAUCAAGUCGCCACUGGUGUUGAGAGUCGGACACGUUGGCUGCUACCUCGCUUUGAUGUUCAUUAUCCUCAAGUAG